CGCGUCUUCUACAAAAAUAACAAAAAAUAAUAAACGUAAGCUGUGCUGACAACGUAAUUAAUAUACGUAAAGAGCAUAACGCGUGUGUGAAGAAAGAGCAAAGUUCUGUGAGUGUGUGCGUGAGUGUAAGCAGCAAGAAAUUGCAAGCAGCAAGCAAAAGCAAAAGUUCGCAGCUUCAGUUCAGUUCAGACGAUUCCAACCUCACAUUUUGUGCCGCUUCAACGAACUUAACUUAAGUCUCUCGCUCCUUUUUUUAUUUGGAUUUACAAACAACUUUUGGCUUCCAACUUUGUCGUCAGCACACAACACACAAGACGUUGGGGAAAAUGGGAAAACGCUCAAAAACCAAGGCAACAACAUUUUCAUAAUAAAACGCAACUCCUGUCUCCAAUUUGAUGCAACGCAGGUGUUCCAGUAAAAAGAAAAAACCAAACAACUUCCCAAGCAAAUUUAUUUAUUGAGUGUAACGCAAGCAAAACUUCCAAAGCAGCAAAGCGUAAAAAUAUUGUGACCUAACUGCUUCCUAAUUAAACAUUAAGCAACAACAAUAAAAACAACAGCAAUUACAAUAACAAAAGCAACGAACAUGCCGUCACACGCCGUCGCUAAUAAAACAGAAACGGAAAACUGCAUCGGCGGCAGCAGCGCCAGCAGCAGCAGCCACAGUCUCAAACAGUCGCCCGCACAGCAGCAGCAACAAACGCACAGCAACAACAACAACAGCAGCGAUGUGAAUGGCUAUGGCUUGUUAAACGGCAACGCUGCAGCGCAUCAGCAACGCAGCAACGGACUCACUGCAGCCGCCGUCAGUUAUGCGGGCAGCGCAAAUGCAGCCAUGAUGUCCUCACUAGCGGGCAACGCGAAUGUUGCAGCACUGCUCAAUGCAGCGCCCGCCACAGCGCUGCCCAACAACGGCGGCCUGCAGUCGCCCUACGAGCGCUACAGAGUGGACGACCACAGUUAUGUGCCCAUCGGACAGUUUUACGCCGGACGCAGCGUUUUCAUUACGGGCGGCACUGGCUUUAUGGGCAAGGUGCUGGUGGAGAAGCUGCUACGCUCCUGCCCCGAUAUAAGAAACAUAUAUUUGCUGAUACGACCGAAACGUGGCCAAGAGGUCUCAGCGCGUCUAACUGAAUUGCUAAAUGCACCGCUUUUUGAAUCCUUGCGUCGCGAAAAGCCCAAAGAGCUAAGCAAAGUCAUACCCAUAUCCGGCGAUAUAACAAGCGAGGAGCUGGGCAUCUCAGAGAGCGAUCAGAGUUUACUUUGUCGCAAUGUUUCCAUUGUCUUUCAUUCGGCUGCCACUGUGAAAUUCGAUGAGAAGCUCAAGCUAUCGGUCACAAUCAAUAUGCUGGGCACAAAGCGUUUGGUUGAGCUCUGUCAUCGCAUGAUGUCGCUGGAUGCUUUAAUACACGUCUCCACUGCCUAUUGCAAUUGCGAUAGAACCGAUGUCUCUGAGGUUAUAUAUGCGCCACCCUACAAUCCCGAUGAUAUCAUUUCACUAAUCAACUGGCUUCCGGAGGAUAUACUCGAUCAGCUGACACCACGUCUCAUUGGCAAGCGCCCCAAUACGUACACAUUUACAAAAGCCUUAGCGGAGCAUAUGUUACUUAAGGAGGCUGGUAAUCUGCCCGUUGCCAUUGUGAGGCCCUCAAUUGUCACUGCCAGCUUGAACGAACCGUUUGCUGGCUGGGUGGACAACUUCAAUGGGCCAACGGGUCUAGUCUCGGCGCUGGCCAAGGGCCUAUUCCGCACCAUGAUGUGCGAGAAGAACUAUGUCGCCGAUAUGGUACCUGUCGAUAUUGUGAUUAAUCUAAUGAUUGCCGCUGCCUGGCGCACGGCGACGCGCAAAUCUAAUAACUUACUCAUCUACAAUUGUUGCACCGGCCAGCGUAAUCCCAUCAUAUGGUCUGAGUUUGUCAAACAUGCCAUGUCCAGCGUGCGCAAACAUCCCUUGGAGGGCUGUCUGUGGUAUCCAACUGGCGACCUGCGCAUGAAUCGUCCAAUGAACACGCUGAAUUGUAUAUUAAAACACUUUUUGCCAGCCUACAUAUUAGAUGGAGUGGCGCGCAUUAUGGGCAAGAAGCCAUUCGUUGUCAAUGUACAAAAUAAAAUUGCCAAAGCUGUUGAAUGCUUAGAAUACUUUGCCACACGUCAAUGGCGCUUCAAGGACGACAAUGUGCAUGGUCUGCUGCAUACGCUCAGUCCCAAGGAUCGCGAGAUCUUUGUGUUCGAUGUGCGCAACAUUAACUGGGAGAAAUAUGUGGAGCGCUAUGUGCUCGGCUUCAGGGAAUUUCUGUUCAAGCAGCGGCCCGAAUCGCUGCCCGCCAGCAGAAAUCGCAUGAUUAGGCUGUACUAUCUGCAUCAGCUGACCAAACUGGUGGCUGUGCUGCUCACCUGGCGCUUCCUCAUGAUGCGCUCGAAGCGCUUGAACGAUAUGUGGAGCACGUUUCUGCAGCACGCGCUCAAGCUGAUGCGCCUGAUGCCAUUUUUGUAAAACUAUUGAACAACAACAAUAAGCAGAGCAGAAACAUAAGCAACACACACACACACACACACACAUGGAAUUUGUCUGCUGCAAUUUCGAAAUGCUUUAAACGCGGCGUACAUUUUAGAUGGUUUUUAGCAAAAUGAUUAAUAAUCAUAUUUUUAUAUAUGUUCAAACUGUGUAACAACAACAAUAAUAAUACCAGCAACCAAGCAGGCAA